AUGAAUAAUUUAUUCGGAGAUUUCGUUUUUAUAUCGAUAUUUUUGCACGUGAGUGGUGUCCUGUUUGACAGGUAUAGCGGGAGAAAAGUUGACGAGAACAGCGCGACGCCAUUUCGAUUAAAGAAAUAUCUUGAACGAUGCACAAUAGAUAUAAAGCCAUGCGCUGCGCAUGAGGUGAGCCGAAUCAGCGGCACUUGCAACAAUUACAAGCAUCCGGCAGCCGGCGCAGCCCGCAGACCGUAUUUACGAUUGCUAAACCCGGAUUAUGCUAAUCAGACCGGAAUACGAGGUGGCAAGAAUGGACAGCCCCUCCCAUCUCCUCGCUUCGUCCGGACAAGCCUUACUCAAGCAACGAAAUUUGUUCUUGACAAGAGUAUCCUGAACGCUGCAGCUUUGCACUUCGUAGAAUUGGUACGCAGAGAUUUGAGCACGUUGAACGGAGCUGUGGACUCCCUAGACAGGAACUGUUGCAAAACUAAAGACGUUCCCGACCCCCGCUGUAUCGCCAUACAAGUUGAUAACGACCGUUAUCUCGAAGGAAUUCGCUGUCUCAACUACUCAAGAGCGGAAACUUUCCAAGACCUCGGUUGUACCAACGACGUACCCCCUGCACAGAUUAACUAUCAAACGCCACUAUUGGAUUUAUCCAUAAUAUACGGAACUGAGGAGAAAUCGCAGGAAACCACGCGCUCGUACAAAAACGGCCUCCUUAAAUUGGAAAUGAGGGACAAUCGUUUCGUCCCAGUGAACAAUGGGACCGAUUGCUUCCGUCACACUAAUAACACAUGCUAUUCUAUCGGUCUUCCAAAUAUAACAUUAUUGGACUUGCGUACGAGUACUCUGGCGAUCUUCUUCAUGCGUGAACAUAAUCGCUUGGCGCGUGCAUUGCAAGACCUGAACCCAUGCUGGAAAGACGAUAGACUGUUCAAGGUGGCCAGACAAAUCAAUAUCGCCACAGCUUCCAAUAUAUUUAUGUACGAGUUGUUACCGAGAAUUAUGGGUUACCAAAACAUGCUGGUCUACGAUCUAAUCUCAAGUCAAACCGAUUACGUGACAUCUUAUGACGUCCAGACACCCCCCGGAGUGUACGCAGAGUUUGAAAUAGCUUUGAGGUUCUUCAAAACGUAUAUGAGCACGAAAAUUGAAAAAUAUAAUGAAGAAUACGAGAAGGUCGGCGAGAUUGAACUGAAUAGAAGUUUCUUUUCACAAAGCCUACUCGAGAUUGAAACAAAUUUCGAAGAGAUCAAUCGAGGGACGUUCCUUCAGAGCGCUGGAAAUACAGAUAACGUAGACAACAUUAAGCUGAACUUUUCAACGAACUUUCAAGAUGUAUACGAUCAAGUCUCCAUGGAUAUACAAAGAGGCAGGGAUCUCGGUCUACGAGGCUACAACGACUAUAGAGAUUUCUGUGGUUUGAAACAAGCUAAAGAUUUUGACGAGCUCAAAGACGUUAUUGAUGAAGAGAAAGUGGAUGCUCUCAAGAGCCUUUACACAAGUGUAGACGACGUGGAUCUCUUAGUGGGGAUUAUAAGUGAGAACAAUAUUGAAGGUACAUUUAUCGGACCAACAUUAUUCUGUAUCAUGGUUAAGCAACUGCAAAUAUUGAGAUUCUCAAACAGAUUUUGGUAUGAGAGAGGAGAUAACUAUCAUAGCUUCUCUUUAUCUCAGCUUCGUGAAAUAAGGAAAGCUAAUAUAGCGCGAUUAGCUUGCGAUAACGCCGAAGGAAUUAAAUUCAUACAACCAUAUGGAUUUCUUAGUACUUCCCACAGGAAUAUGCCUGUACCCUGUUCCCACAUCCCAGGCCUCGAUUUAACGGAAUGGCGAGACCCGAACUGCAAAGGGAAUGAACAAACCGAUUCCACUACAAACCUGAAAUAUAGAUACGACAGCCUCUUCCCAAAAUAUUCAUCGUUUAUAAACGAUAUUUUAUCAUCCAUGCGUUUAACGUAG